UCUGAUGCGGUAACGGGUAGCCUGUAGCCCCAUUACAAGUCCCAGUCUCAGAACAUCGAAGAAAAAAAAUGGGAGCAAUGAAGCAGAAGGAGUUGACGGUGGUGCUGUGCGUGAUAUGGGCGGUGAGCCUUCUUUACGGCGAGAUGUUGGCGUUCUGGGUGCCCUCUAGCUGGACUUGUUCAUGGCCUCAUCACCAUCUCCGUUCCACCACCCUUUCCAAUUCCACGGACAAUGGAUAUUCAACUGGCUAUGUAAAAGUGGCUGUUCUGACAGAUCCACAGAUCAUGGAUAAAACCUCUCUGGGUCUUGCUCCAAAAUCCCUCACCCUGGAGAUUGCACAAUUUUAUACUGAUUUGUUCAUGCGCAGAGCAUUUUUCGCAUCAAUCCUGCCUUUCAAACCUGAUGUGAUUUUGUUUUUGGGUGAUUAUUUUGAUGGGGGCCCCUAUUUGUCAGAUGAAGAAUGGCAGGAAUCUUAUAGCCGCUUUAAGCAUAUAUUUGGUCUGAAUGCACAAGGAAGAUAUACAAAUAACAAAGUUUAUUACAUUCCUGGAAACCAUGAUAUUGGCUAUGCAAGUCUUCACAAUCAAAGGCCAGAGGUAAUCAGACGCUAUGAAAAAGAAUUUGGGAUCAGAAAUUACCAAUUUACAGUAGGAAAAGUGGAUUUCAUUGCUAUUGAUGCCCAAACUCUGGAUGGUAAACAAGGAAGCGGGCAUCCACAAGAAGAUCUGGCUUCUGUAACCUGGAAUUAUGUCAAGAAUGUCUCCAUGGAUGUUCAAUUGCACCCAAGGGUUUUAAUGACCCAUAUUCCAUUGUACCGACGAGAUUGGACUCAUUGUGGUCCUUACCGUAGUUCCCCAGUCAUCAAUCAGCGGGUCUCUCGUGCUGAUCAUAGUCAGGAAAUAGCGUACCAGAAUUACAUCACCGAGGAAUCAUCAAACCACCUACUGGAAUUAAUCAAACCUGUACUCAUUUUAUCUGGUCACGAUCAUGAUCAGUGCACGGUCACCCAUGAGUCAACAUUUGGGCCUGUAAAGGAGCACACCGUAGGGACCAUUAGUUGGCAGCAGGGAAACUUGUAUCCAUCUUUCAUGCUAUUAUCUGCUAGUAACUUUGCACUUCCAAAUGCAUCCAGUCCAGAAGCAGUCUUCACUCAGUUGUGCUUUCUUCCAAUGCAAACACAUAUCUACAUAUGGUAUCUUUCUCUAUUUGUUGUGACCCUUCUUGCCCUCCUCCUCUGGCCUACAAGCGGCUUGAAUUUUUGGCACCAUUUUAGGGAUUUAAUAGUAAGUUGCAACAUUUUUGGAGAUGGAAGAAAGGAGAAAAAUGAAGAUGAGAUCUGCGAAUAUGAGGAGAUGUGGGAUGCAGAAGGAUCAAUGCAUCUUGUUAAGAAAAUCUCGAAUGCCCCAAGUACUAAUUUAAGUGAAAGGGGUUUGAUAGAAAGCAGGGGUAAUGCAGUGAUACGGCCAACAGCUAAGAAACAUCCUUCUCAGGACACAGAAGUCCCAAUGAAUACGGACUCAAUUAUGGAUGUUGAUUCUACGUGGACAGUACCAGCUAGAACAAGCAAAUCAAAGACAAAGAUUGUGAUCCAAAGAUUUGUGCGGACUUUCCGAAUGCUUACAAUCAUUGCUGCAGUAAAUCUUCCUCUCUACGUCAUGUUAUUAUUCAAAGAUUGGAUCGACUAAUGACAUGAGCACUAUAACAUGGAGCUUUGUCUGCUUCAGUGGUUUCUUACAUCAUGCAUGAAAGGAUACCCAUGCACAAGUGAAGCUCCACAUUUGGGAAUUCAAGAAGGUAUAAUCUUAUACUAAUCUGAACGGUUACAUUGCUGGCAUUAUAUUGAAUGAGCUCUAGAAAGGAUGUGAAGUAGCCAAGUAGGUCAGUGGAAUUCAAGAUGAUAUUAUUAUUCUAGGCAUUGAUCAUUUUGUAGUUUCCUGUCGGUGGCAUGUGAAAAUUUAUAUAAGAUUCAUGCUUAAAGAGGUAGAGAAAGUUGCAAAAGGCCACAUAUGAUCUCUUCUUCAUUGCCAUUGAAACA